AGCUGCUUGCAGUGCUCUGGAAGCAAAAUACAAAAUAAUAAUUUAAAUUUAAAAAUAUAUGCUUAAAUUAUUAAUCAGUUGUCGUGUAUCACACAUUAAUCGCAUUUGGAGCAGAGCCAUGGGCAGCAAGCAGGCACAGAAUGAAGACAACAAGCUGGACACGUUCCGACGCAUUUGUGAUGAAAUAGCUGCUGAGUCCAGCUACCUGCGGAAGGUUGAGAAAUUGGAGAUGUUCUUCAAGAAAGGCAGCAGCGGUGCCGGCUUUAAAGGCGACAUGUUACAGUGGGUUCAGUUUCUCAUACCAGGCUCCACACAGCGGGUCUAUAAUUUGCAAAACAAAGCAUUAAUCAAGCUGUUUGCUCGCAUCUUCAAUGUCGACCAACAGGAAAUGCAUCUGGACUUGGAACAGGAUGGUGAUAUUUCAGAAACUCUGCGUAAACACUUUGCUAGCUCCAGCAAACUUAAACCGCAAGCGCAAAGCGAACUCUACUUACAUGAUGUGGAAAGUUUGCUUUGUCAGCUGGAGCAGCGCACAAAGGAGGAUGAGCAAACUGAAGUUCUGCAUAAGCUGUGUAAGCAGGCAACCGAUUUAGAUUUGCGUACGUUCAUCAGGCUGAUCAAACAGGAUCUGCGCAUUAAUGCACGUGCCAGGCACAUUCUGGAUGCAUUUGGACCACAAGCCUAUCCAGCGUAUCAGAGUUCUCGUGAUCUCACAGCUAUUGUACAAAAUUUUGCUGGCAACAGACCCACGUCUCUCAAAACUCCAACAAAGACGGCCACUCAGAAGGCAAAGAAGAAAACUAGCGCUAUUCAGGUAAUGACGCCUAUUUCACCGAUGCUGGCCAAUGCCUGCAAGUCUGUAGAGGAAGCAUUCAAAAAGAAUCCCGGCGGACUGUAUAGCGAGGUUAAAUAUGAUGGAGAAAGAGUACAAAUUCACAAACAGGGCGCGGAAUUUAAGUUUUUCAGUCGAAAUUUAAAACCAGUAAUGGAUCACAAAAUCAAGGAGCUAAAAGAGUAUAUACCACGCGCCUUUCCUGGCGCCGAUGACAUGAUACUUGAUUCAGAAAUCAUUUUGGUGGACACAGAAACGGGCGCUUUGCUUCCCUUUGGAACGCUGGGUGCGCACAAGAAACAUACCUAUGUCAAUGCUUCGGUUUGCCUCUUUGUUUUUGACUGCUUGCUCUAUGAUGGCGAUGAUCUGACUGAGCUCGCAUUUUGCAAACGUCGCGAGAUUCUGGAGCAAAACAUUCAACCCAUCAAAUCCCAUGUGCAACUCUCCGAAUCAGAGUUCUUGAAGACCAAAAACGAGUUGGCAUUGAUGACCGCUAAGGUGCUUCAAGCUAAUCUGGAGGGCGUUGUGCUCAAGAGUCCCGGUGGCACAUAUCAGCCGGGCAAACGUAACUGGCUCAAAGUAAAAAAGGAUUAUCUUUUUGGUGGCAAAAUGGCAGACACUGCCGAUUUGGUGGUAUUGGGCGCAUGGUAUGGCUCUGGCAAGAAAGGCGGCGUGCUCAGCAUCUUUCUGAUGGGCUGUUAUGAUGCACGUGACCACCUCUGGAAGACGGUCACCAAAGUGCACUCUGGUCUUGAUGAUGCCACCAACGACGAGAUCCAUGAAGCAUUGAUGAAACUCACAGAGCGCGCUGAUGCAAACAAAAUUCCCAAUUGGUUACUCUGCAAAAAAGCACUAAUACCUGAUGUGCUAGCCAAGACUCCGGAGAAAAUGCCAGUGUGGGAAAUCACGGGUGCUGAGUUCACACAAUCGGAGGCUCACACUGCAGCAGGCAUUUCUAUCCGCUUUCCGCGCAUUACGCGCCUGCGCAGUGACAAAUCUGCAAUGGAGGCAAAUGAUCUGGCGCAUCUAGAGCAGCUCUAUGCUGCCUCUAAAAAAAAUGUUAAUGUAGACUUGCUGCUGGCCAAUUGUGAUGAGGACAAGGAUGAUUUGGCGAACCGACUGAAGCUGGAGAAGACCCCCCAAAAGGGCAAGGCCGCCAAAGGAGCGGCAGCGAGCAGUAGCAAAAAAUCCAAGAGAUCUAAUAGCGGCUCUGAUGAUGAGCAGCCAACUCCGUCAAAAGGUCGUAGCUCACGAAAAAUAACAAAGCUGGAGGCGCCCACAGCUACAUCUAAAGGUAGUCUAAAGGAUUUCUUCAAGCCCAAAACAACAACAGUAGCUGUUAAAAUAGAAAGCAAAUCACCCGAAGAUGUCAAAAUGAAAGUCGAGGGCGAGGAUAGUAAUUUAUUUAGUGGCCAGGUUGCGUACUUUGUGGCGGAUGCAGCCCAAUCCAAGCAAAAAGAUGAAUUUGUGCGUCAUGGUGGCAUCUUGGCCGAAAAUUCUAAUAAGGCGCCUUUAGUUUUCCAUAGCAAUACGAAAAAUGUUGACUUGGCGGAAUUGAGACCCCUCUACCGUCGCAGCUGCCGUCAUCUCAGCGUGCAAUGGCUUGAGGCAUCGCUACAAGCCAAGAAGCUUCAGCCUUAUCCGCUCUAUGCGUUGCUUUUGAAGUCAUAGCCUAGUGUUGUUAUUGAAUUAUUUUAUUAUUCGCUUAAAAUUGUAAAUUUGUUAUAUUUAAAGUAUAAGACGCCAUAUUUAUUAUAUUCGACUUUGGUCCUUAACGAACGAUGCCUUUAGCUAUAUUUCCAUACAUCACCAAAACUAAU